AUGUCCACAUUCUCUAUAAUCAAUUUUAAUUUCUUCAUUUUCACUUUCAUAACCCUACUUUCCCACCUCACAUUCGCUCUCCAGGCCCCUAAUUUUGAUUCAAACACUCUACUCUCCGGUGACGCAGAGCUCAUCAAUGGCUCGAUCAAUCUUAUCCGUCCAACCAACUCAUCAAAACACGGAGCUAUAGAGAGUAAGAAGCAUAUUAAGUUUGUACGAUCUGGCCCUCUAUCUGUAUCUACUGAUUUUACGUUUUCAAUUAGUGGUAAUGGUAGUAGUUUGUGUUUCGAAAUCAAGAAAAUAUCAAGAACUGGUAAUGCUGUUAGAAUUAGGUUUAUGGGUAAUGUUGUUGGUGUAGAGAAUGGUGUUGGGGUUGGAAAGUUUGCGACUUUCGGGGAGUUUUUUGAUGGUGGGGAGAAGUUUAGGUGUUGGGUUGAUUAUGAAGCGAGUUCGAAGCAAAUUGAGGUUAGGGUUGGGAAGGAUGGUAGUGGAAGGAGUGAUGUUCCAGUGCUGAUGUAUUCGGUUGAUUUAGCGAAAAUGUGGGAUGAGGAGGAUGUGGUUGUGGGGUUGAGUGCGUCGGGAGGUGGAAAUGUGGGGGAGAGUGUUAUUGUGCAUUCGUGGGGGUUUAAGGUUAGAGGUGUUCCCAAGUGGUUGCAUUCUAGACCGAUGAAUCCGGGAAGUGUAAUUGAAGGAGACUUUGUAGAGAAAAAAGAAGAGAAGAAAAGGUCGUGUCAUUUGGGUGUUGUUACGUUUGGAUGUGCAGUGUUAGUGGCAGUGGUUUUGAUAUCUUUUUGGGAAAUGUUUGUUGGAAGAUAUGAUUUCGUGACCCCUGCAGAAAAUAAUGUCGAUCCAGUGGAUUUUAAGUAUCAAAAGAUUGGUGUAGAUGUAGAGAAAGUCUUUGAUGAUGUUAAGAAGGAAAAAGUCGUAGUCUGA